AUGGGGUGCGGGGGCAGCCGGGCCGAUGCCAUCGAGCCGCGCUACUACGAGAGCUGGACCCGGGAGACCGAGUCCACCUGGCUGACCAACACCGACACCGACCCGCCGCUGCCCAACGGCCCCGACCCCGCCGGGGGGCUCCCCGGGGGCAGCGGCUCCCAGCCCGCCGGACUCACCCACCGAGGAGCCCCGGACCGCGGCAUUUUGGAAGAUGGAUUAUCAACUCAGACCUGUGUCACCCUUCCCUCAGCUGCAAGCGGAAUAAUGAACACUGAGAAGAAAACUAGCUGUGGCACUCAAUGUACCAAACCCCCAGUCCAUGGCUCAGGAACUCUGACACAGAAACAGAAUGGCUUUAGAAGUACGGAGGUUAAAAGGGAUUCCAAGAGGGUACCUUCAAAAGAAGUCACCAUAAACGUUCCAAAAAGCAUCAGACCAAUGGACAGUGAUAGAAGAAUCACGAAGAACUGUGUCAAUUAACUGAGUUUUUUCCAUAGAAGCAACAGGGGACUUCUCUAUGUUUUGGUGAACUUUAACUGAGUUCACUCAAGCAAGGGAGCCUGAAGAUCGGUGAAUGCUCAUUGCUGAAUUGUGAGAUGCUGCUGAGGAGUGCCUUGAGAGACUUUGGAUUACCUGGCAGCCAACAGCGACAGAUCCUGUUUGGACAUCCACAGUCCUGUAUUUAUCAAAUGCAUUGGCACAGCACUAAAGUGAUAAUAAACCAUUAAUGUGCCAUUCACUUUUUCUCUCUCCAAGACCAGUAUUGUGUUUUUAUGGAACUCCGGAUUCUCCAUGGCCAAUUAAUGAAAAGGAGACAUUCCCCACGAAUAUGCUAUCUCUGGUUGGAAAAGCCUUCAUAAGUACCAAGCUUUUCUAGUUGUGCUUCUCUGGACUUUUUAAGUUUCAUCGAACUUUCUCCUUUUCUACUUUCACUUAAGAUGGGUUUCACUAAGCUCCCAAUCUGAUAUGUGUGAAGUAGAAGGAGAGAAACAAGUGUGUUGUUCUGACUUUGUAAAUUUGAAUUAGGGAAGGUUACUGAGUCAGCUGGGGGCAAAGCCAUGGAAUGACUUUGGAGGUGAAUCUGUUCUUGUGAUCAAGUGCCCCAGGGUCACUGUGUGCCUAGUGGAUACAGCAUGGACCUUAGAGUCAGAAAGGCCUGAGUUCUAAUCCUGACUCCACCAUUUGUUUGCUGUGUAUGACCUUGGGCAAGUCACUUCGCUUCUCUAUGCUUCAGUUCUCUCCUCUGUAAAAUGGAGAUUAAGACUGUGAGCCCAAUGUGGAACAGGAACCAACCUGAUUACGCAGCAUUUAGUACCACUACUGGCAUGUAGUAAGCACUUAACAAACACCACAACCAUUAUUGUUGUUAUUAUAUGUUACUGUCUAUUUCACUCUCCUGACAUUCUGGGUUCAUUUUCAGCGUUGAAAACAAUAAUACUGGAUAUGUAACUGUGGGGUCUCUAACUUUUCAUUCUGAAUGCAAGCGUGAAUUUGGGGACAGGCAUUGAGGUGGGAGGACUUCAAGGAGAUGGGACUUUAAGAGGAUAUGGUUUUUAGGGGCUGAAGUCCCUCUCUUUUUCUUUCCCCCAGCCUGCAGUUGGGGUUCAGAAAGCUCCCAGUUAGCCCUGAAGCCUGGGAAGCAGGGAGGAAAAGUUUUACCUGUCCCAGAGCCCCCUGGGCUUCAAAGCUCCAGCCUGUGCCAGAGUGCAGGGAAACAAGGUGAAAAGAAGCAAGUAAAUGGAAGAGGAGGAAUGAAAAGAAGCAGAAGAGACGAGGAGAAAGAAGGAGGAAGAAGGGAAGAAAGGGGGAAAGGGAGAGGAAGGAGAGAGGUUAUUUACCUUUUGCUGCCACCCUGUUUCUGCUAUCUUAUUCUAGAGCUGUGGCUCCUAUGAACCAGAAGAAAGAAGCUCCAGCACAAGGCCCAAGACAGACCGGCGGUCAGUCAAUUGUAUUUAUUGAGCACUUACUGUGUGUGGAGCACUGUACUAAGAACUUGGGAGAGUACAAUAUAACCAUACAUCCCCUGCCCACAGCAGCUAUACUAUCCUGCCCCACAGUGUUUACCAAGCUGCCACGGUGCCCCCCCAAAACAUCCAUCUCCCCUCAGGAGCACCCAUCUUAUGUCCAGCUUCUUCCCCCGGCUACAGCGACUUCCUUCACUGCUAUGGAGUUGAUGCUUCUGUGUGACUGAUUUGUCUGAGAGGAAGCGAAGUACUUUUGACUGCAAUGGACAAUUUGACUCUUACAGAACCCAAGCCGAGUGUUCAAUCGAUAAGUCAAUCAGUGUUCUUAUUAAGCAUUUACUGGGUGCACUUAAUAAGUACUUGGUAUUUGUACUAAGUGUGUUCAAAUGAUCAUUCUGCGGUUCUGUGCUCAACUCCACAAAUAACAACUCUCACCCUCUCAGCCACCUUCGUUACCAGGAUGGCCUGGGCCAAGCCAGAACCCAAAGGGCAACUGCUAAUGGGCCCAGAAUUGCCUCCAUCCCUCCCUCCUCCAGGAGAUGACUGAGAGAACAAGUCCCAGUGAGAAGCAGCGGGAUCUAGUGGAAAAA